GCCUGCGCCGUGGGCCGCCCCGUUCUUCUGCCGCCCCACUCUUUCCUGACUGACUAACCGGCGGACUGCCGGGGACGGCGGCGACCAUGACCCAGGCGGAGAAGGGCGACCCGGAGAACGGGAAGGAGAAGGGCGGCGAGAAGGAGAAGGAGCAGCGCGGCGUGAAGCGGCCCAUCGUGCCCGCGCUAGUGCCCGAGUCCCUGCAGGAGCAAAUACAAAGCAACUUCAUCAUUGUGAUCCACCCAGGCUCCACCUCUCUGAGAAUGGGGCGAGCCACAGACACCCUCCCAGUCAGCAUUCCCCACGUCAUUGCACGGAGGCACAAGCAGCAAGGCCAGGCCACGUACAAGGACAGCUGGCUGCUCAGGGAAGGGCUCAACAAGCCUGAAAGUGCUGAACAGAGACAGAAUGGCCUUAAAAUGGUGGACCAGGCGAUAUGGUCCAAAAAGAUGUCAAACGGUGCAAGAAGGAUCCCAGUGUCCCCAGACCAGGCUCGCUCCUACAACAAGCAGAUGCGGCCGGCCAUCCUAGAUCACUGCUCCGGAAAUAAGUGGACAGACACAUCUCAUCACCCUGAGUAUUUAGUAGGAGAAGAGGCUUUGUAUGUUAAUCCAUUGGACUGUUACAAUAUUCACUGGCCUAUCCGCCGUGGUCAGUUAAAUCUUCACCCCGGACCUGGGGGAUCCCUGACUGCCGUCCUGGCAGACCUGGAAGCAAUCUGGUCACAUGUAAUACAAAAGUAUUUGGAAAUCCCCCUGAAAGACCUGAAGUAUUAUAGGUGCAUCCUGUUAAUUCCUGAUAUUUACAACAAACAGCAUGUGAAGGAAGUGGUGAAUAUGACCCUCAUGAAGAUGGGUUUCUCAGGCAUCGUGGUCCAUCAGGAAUCUGUGUGUGCCACCUUUGGGAGUGGCUUGGGCAGUGCGUGCGUUGUGGACGUUGGGGACCAGAAGACCAGUGUGUGCUGUGUAGAAGAUGGAGUCUCCCAUCGGAACACUCGGCUUUGUCUCGCCUAUGGGGGAUCCGACGUCUCGCGAUGUUUUUACUGGCUCAUGCAGCGGGCGGGGUUCCCUUACAGAGACUGCCAGUUAAUGAACAGGAUGGACUGCCUCCUCCUGCAGCACCUCAAAGAGACCUUUUGUCAUCUGGACCAGGACAUCUCUGGCCUCCAAGACCAUGAGUUUCAGAUCCGACACCCGGACUCCCCGGCCCUGCUUUACCAGUUUCGGCUCGGGGACGAGAAGCUACAGGCUCCGAUGGCUUUGUUUUACCCUGCGACCUUUGGCAUCGUCGGCCAGAAAAUGACGACGCUGCCCCAGAGAUCACAGGGUGACCCUGAGGACCCUCAUGACGAGCAUUACCUAUUAGCCACACAGAGCAAGCAGGAGCAGUCCGCCAAAGCCACCGCCGACCGCAAGUCCAUGGCCAAGCCUGUCGGCUUUGACAGCGACCUGCGUGGCCAGUCCUCGGAUGUGUCUGAGAGGCUCCACCCACAGGAAGUGGAGUUGGGGCCGUCCCAGAGCGACUGCCUGAUGGCGGGCAACGAGUCCGAGGAAGCGCCCACCGCCCUGAUGUCCAGGAAAACCGCCGUCUCCCAGUUUGAAGGGAAGGCCCUGGGCCUGGACAAGGCCGUCCUGCACAGCAUCGACUGCUGUGCCUCAGAUGAUACGAAGAAGAAGAUGUACAGCUCCGUCCUGGUGGUGGGCGGCGGCCUGAUGUUCCCCAAGGCCCAGGAGUUCCUGCAGCACCGGAUCCUGAACAAAAUGCCCCCGUCCUUCAGAAGGGUCGUGGAGAACGUGGAGGUCAUCACCAGGCCGAAGGACAUGGAUCCUCGUCUGAUUGCGUGGAAGGGCGGAGCUGUGCUGGCCUGUCUGGACACCACGCAGGAACUGUGGGUCUACCAGCGGGAGUGGCAGCGCUUUGGAGUCCGUAUGCUGCGUGAGCGAGCCGCUUUCGUGUGGUGAGCCCCGGGUGCGAGUGCCGACGAGAGUGAGCCAUGCGGUAUGGAAGACUCGCGUCUCAUUGAUUUUUCUAAUUUAUGGGUCCUCAUAUUGGGAGUAUAUUGGAAGAUACAUGAAAUCCCGCUUCCUGCUGAGGGUGUAGUAGUAAUCGUUUAAGAACUGCAGAUUGUACAUAUGAUCAAGCACUUUGGAAUAAAUUUUGGGCAUUGCUCAA